CGUCCCCCAACUUUGUGGCAGCUCGACGUUAUCGAUAAAAGCGUAGUUCAUCGCGGGGCAAAAAUAAAUGUUUGGCUCACAUCCCGCCGCUUGCACCCCGGUCGCCUCUCACAGCACGACGAGCCAAGAUGGGCGCCAUCGACGAUGGCUUCGAGGCCCUGCUGGAGCCCUUCUACAACGGCAAAAAGCUAACCGACCCGAUAUCCACCAAGGAAGACAAGUAUCAGCUAUUGCCAGCUUUUCUCAAAGUCAAAGGUCUCGUCAAGCAGCACAUAGAUUCCUACAACUUCUUCGUCGAGCAUGAGAUCAAGGACAUUGUCAGGGCAAAUCGCUCUAUCCGUAGCGACCAAGAAAAAGACUUCUGGCUCGAGUUCACCGACAUCCGCGUCGGAACCCCUACCCGCAAUGACUACAGCGAUUUCAAGGCCCGCGACGAGGUCACCCCCAUGGAGUGCCGACUCCGCGACAUGACAUACGCGGCACCGGUCGUCGUCGACAUUGUAUACUCGCGCGAGCGGAAAAAGAUUGUCCGUAAAGACAUCCCGUUAUGUCGCAUCCCCGUCAUGCUCAAAAGCGCCAAGUGCUGUCUCAGCGGCGCCAACAAUGCCCAGAUGGAGAUCAUGAACGAGUGCCCCCUGGACCCCGGCGGCUACUUCAUCAUCAAUGGAACGGAAAAGGUUAUCCUCAUCCAGGAGCAGCUCAGCAAGAACCGUGUCAUCGUCGAGGCCGACGAGAAGACCGGCGGCGUCUCGGCGUCCGUCACCAGUUCUACCCACGAGCGCAAGUCCAAAACCUAUGUCAUUCUCAAGAAAGAUCGCAUUGUUCUUAACCAUAACGUUCUCGUCGAGCCGAUUCCCAUCGUUAUCGUUCUCAAGGCCCUCGGCGGCCUCUCCGACUACGAAAUCAUGGAGCUUGUCGCCGGUGGAGACGCGCGGUACCAGGACGACUUCCUCACCAAUUUCGACGAGGCGACCAAGGCUGGUGUUUAUACGCAACAGCAAGCGCUUGAAUAUGUGGGCACCAGGGUGAAAAUGGGAGGGCCCAAGAAGGGAAGAUCGAUCGCUGCGCCCCGUCGAAGUCCCGUCGAAGAGGGGUUGGAUGCCCUGGCAAACAUCAUUAUUGCCCACGUCACCAUUGAAGACCUCGACUUCUACCCGAAAGCCAUCUACAUCGCCAUGAUGGUUCGGCGUGUCCUAAUGGCCGCGCAUAAUCCCAAACUCGUGGAUGACCGCGAUUUCGUGGGCAAUAAGAGAUUGGAGUUGGCCGGGCAGCUGCUCUCUCUACUGUUCGAGGACAUGUUCAAGAUGUUCGUUGGGAGUCUCAAGAGCAAUAUGGAAUACUUCUUCAAGAAGCCCAACCGGACCUCGGCCUACGACCCUGUGGGCCCCAUCAGCAGUCAGGGGCAGUACAUCACACAGGGCCUGAAUAGGGCCAUCCAGAGCGGGAAUUGGCAUGUCAAGCGCUUCAACAUGAACAGGGCGGGCGUCACACACGUUUUGAGCAGACUGAGUUACAUUGCGGCUCUGGGCAUGAUGACUAGGAUCAGCAGCCAGUUCGAGAAGACGAGGAAAGUGAGCGGUCCCAGAGCCCUCCAGCCAUCGCAGUGGGGUAUGCUCUGCCCCUCUGAUACUCCUGAAGGGGAAGCUUGUGGUCUGGUCAAGAACUUGGCGCUCAUGACCCAUAUUACCACCAACGCCGAAGAGGAGCCCGUCAAAAACUCUAUUUUCAGCCUCAUCCCCGGCGUCGCACCCAUCAGAAUGUCCACCGGCACCGAGAUGCACAAGCCCGGCAAUUACAUUAUCCACCUGAACGGUACUCCUUUUGCCUUAACGUCCCACCCCAAGCAGUUUGCGGCUCGGUUCAAGACGAUGCGUCGUCGCGGGCACAUCUCGCCUUUCAUUGGCAUUCACAUCAACGAGCAUUUUUCGGCCAUCCACAUCGCCACGGACGAAGGACGUAUCUGCCGGCCCUACAUCAUCGUCAAGGACGGCAAGUCGAGGCUCAAAGCGGAGCAUCUCAAGCUUCUGCAGCUCGGAGAGGCGACAUUUGACGAUUUUUUGAGGCGCGGCGUGAUUGAAUAUCUCGACGUCAACGAGGAGAAUGAUGCGCUGAUCGCCAUCAGGGAGGAAGACAUUAACCAGUCGACAACCCACAUGGAGAUCGAGCCCUUUACCAUUCUGGGAGCAGUCGCCGGUCUCAUUCCUUUCCCCCACCACAACCAGUCUCCCCGUAACACGUAUCAGUGUGCCAUGGGUAAGCAAGCAAUUGGCGCCAUCGCUUACAACCAGUUCAAUCGCAUCGACACUCUUCUUUACACGCUUGUGUACCCCCAACGGCCCAUGGUCAUUACCAAGACGAUCCAGCUCAUCCAUUAUGAUAAGCUGCCCGCCGGGCAGAAUGCGACAGUCGUCGUCAUGUCGUACUCGGGCUACGAUAUCGAAGACGCACUUGUGCUAAACAAGGCGUCUUGCGACAGGGGCUUCGGGCGGUGUCAAGUAUUCCGCAAGUACACUGCUGAGCUGCAACAAUACCCCAACGGACGGAAGGACAGGCUAGGAGGCAUCCAGAAGGGGGAGGAUGGCCGCACCAUUCCCAAGCACGCUUGUUUGGACAAGGACGGGCUGGCCGUUGUGGGCUACCGCGUGCAUUCCGGAGAGACCAUGAUCAUGAAGGAGACGCCGAUCGACCAGACUUCGACCGGCAUCGGCAGCGACCGCGGAUCGGACGACUUCCGCCCGGCCGCCAUUAACUACCGCAUUCCCGACCCAGCCUACAUCGACAAAGUCAUGGUUUCCAACACGGAGAAGAACACGGCCAUCGUUAAGGUCCAGACCCGCCAGACCCGCCGCCCAGAACUCGGCGACAAGUUUUCAUCCCGCCACGGCCAAAAGGGCGUCGUGGGCAUCAUCGUCGACCAAGAAGACAUGCCCUUCUCUGACUCGGGCCUCGUGCCGGACAUCAUCAUGAAUCCGCACGGUUUCCCGUCACGCAUGACGGUCGGGAAACUCUUCGAGUGCCUGACAGGGAAAGCCUCGGUCGUGGCUGGCCGCCGUGAUUACGGCUUCGGUGACGCUUUCCGCUCCCACCCCGUCGAGGAAAUGGGCAAGGUCCUCAUCGACCACGGCUUCUCGUGGGAGGGAAAAGACUAUUUCACGUCCGGCAUCACCGGCGAGCCCCACGAGGCGUACCUCUUCAACGGCCCCAUCUACUACCAACGCCUCAAGCACAUGGUCCAGGACAAGAUGCACUCGCGCUCGCGCGGGCCCCGCGCCAUCCUCACGCGCCAGCCGACCGAAGGUCGCUCGCGCGACGGUGGGCUGCGGCUCGGAGAGAUGGAGAGAGAUUGUCUGAUAGCCUACGGCGCGUCGCAGCUGCUGUUGGAGAGGUUGAUGUACUCGUCGGACGCGACGCAGGUGGAUAUCUGUGAGCGGUGCGGGCUGCUGGGCUAUAAGGGCUUCUGCCAGACGUGUGGCAGCACCAGUCAGGUCACGCAGAUGACCAUGCCGUAUGCGGCUAAACUGCUGGUGCAGGAGUUGAUUAGCAUGAAUGUGGGCGUGAGGAUGCAGUUGGAGGAUAAGUUUCCCCAUCCAAGGUAGGGUGUGAUGGCGUUUUAGUUGGUGCUUUUGUCUGUAUGAUACUGGUGGUUUCUGGCAUACUUGAGUCUAGCACGGCGCUGAAGAAUAAGUUAGACGGAAUAGCUGUUUCUCACAUGAAUGCGAAGAUCCUGG